AAUGUAUUGCAUAUCAAAACAAAGGAAAAGCUCCAUUUGCAGAUUCAUUUAUACUUACUGAACCUCCUAUUCUUAUUCAAGAUAAACAAUCUAUAACUAGUCGAAAAAGGCAGAUUAUUGGUAAUAAUCCAAAUGUUAUAGCAAAAAAUCUUUUAAAAAAUGAACAUGCAAAGUGUGAUAUAGAUGACCAUAUUUUUAUCUUAGUAACUGAUGAAAAACAAAGAGAUAAUUCUGAUGAAAAGUUAAAGGAUAAUGAGAUUUUGAUUUCAUUUAAUAAUGUAAAAGCAGUAUUUGGAGAAAUUUUAGCACUUAGAAAAUUAUACUGUAUUGAAAGAGCAUAA